AUGCUGCUGGUAUCAGAGGAGAGCUCCCACAGCAGCAGCCUGCCUAGGCCAGCAAACCGGACGGCGCGAGGACUUGUCGAUCGCGAUGGCUGUGACGGGCGAGGCAGACAUGAUAUUAAAGUAACCGCAGAAAGUUCUUUGGACUCGCAAUGUCAUGUGUCGCCGUCAGCUUCUUUGGCGAAAGAAGGGCUGACCAGACGAAAAGGAACAGGGCUAGGACUUGACGAGCAUAAUAAGAAGAGAUCAAGACGUCGUCGGCGGCAGCACUGG